AUGUCGUCCUCAGGGUGGCUCACCUUCGCCACACGCCAGCCCCGCCAGUACCACUACGUGGCUCAGCAAAUGACUUGGACUGAAGCUCAGAGCUACUGCAAAGGGGCGUUCGCAGACCUGGCCACCCCUGAAAGCACUGAAGACAUUGACCAACUUGUCAACUCAGUUCCAUCUGCUAACAGAAGCUCUGAGGUUUGGAUUGGCCUGUACCAUGAGAUCAAAUGGAGGUGGUCAGAUGGGUACACGGGGAGUGGAGAGGACAAUAGGAACUGGGAAAACACUGGAUAUGACCCAAACUUUUAUAAAGCCACAGAGUUAUGUGUUUUCACACAGAAAGGAGCAGGAUGGCAUGAUGAUAAAUGCUCUCGAACAUAUCAAUUCAUCUGCUACAACGGGUCGAUGCCGUAUCCCAACUUUGUUAUUGUGAAUGAAACAAUGAACUGGUCAGAUGCUCAGAGCUACUGCAGGGACCACCACACGGAUCUGGCCACUGUGAGGAGCAAAGGCCGGAUCAGACUGUCUGGUGAGCAACAGGGUGGCCGGGAGGCCAGAGUGAAGAGGCGGAUGGUGAAGCUGAGGAUAAAGCUGGACUCCUCUGUGGACCUGGGUGAACCGUCUGUGAAAAAAGACAUCAUGAAAAAGGCGAGUCACCAAGGACGGAUGUAUGACAGAGUUUGA